AUGACAUCGUACACCUCUGCGAGUCAAGCGUAUGAGCGCGAAAGGAUCCCUACCCACAGUGCUCCUUACUCCACUACUCCUCCGAGUGGGUGGUCUGAUAAAUAUAGAGGGGCUACCGUCGAAGACCUUGAUCCUCCACUGGCGCUCUCUACAUCCCCUCAUGCUCUAAUAUCUACUGCUCUGCUUUCAGCCUAUGAGCGCGAUUACACCCAUUUGACAGUCAUAUCGUCAGAUUCCCGCUCUCUUCUUGGCUACCUCUCCAUACCACGGCUAAAAUCACUCUUAAAGGCGGGCACAGUGUCUGAGUCUGACCCUGUUGAGAAGGCGAUGUUGAAAUUUCGGCGGAAAGGCCGUGUUUACCAAGUAAUAACGAUGGAUACCCCUCUAGAGGAUCUAGAGAUGUUCUUUGAUGGAAGGCUAUAUCCGUCUUUGGGAAUGGGUGAAAACAGACAAAAACAGGACUUUGCAGUGGUUACUGAUGCUAGCCGUAAAUUCGUUCUGGGUGUUGCUACUAGGGAAGAUUUGGAGCAGUUUGUCAAAAGACGACCUGCCUAA